AACGUUUCAGUUUCCUGGUUUUAACAUUACUAACUAGCUAUCUUUUGGAGAGCAGCAAAUAAUACAGUUUUAAGCCCCAAGUGACUGACAGUGAUGCAUGGGACAUUUUAUUGACAGUCAUUGGAAAGAUUCUGAAUGGGAGGGCUUGCUUCUGAGAACUGACUGCAGCCACAAAUCACCAGUCACAUUUUCCCUGCAGCUGACCCGACUGCAACUACCAUUAUUGCAGCCCGUAAUUAACCUGACAUGUCUCAACCGAAGGAGUCAGGCGAUCGUGGGAAAGACAGGGAGCGGGGCGCCCGUCCCAAGGUGAGACAGAGCCGGUCUGAGGAGAGAAGAGAUGCCGGUGGAAGAGGAAAGAAAAAAGGCCAUACGUCCCGUGAGCAGCAAGCUGCGGAGCGGCCUGUCAGCGAUGGGUUUGAGUAUGGGGAUCUGCUGACUGGUCUAGAGCCCAGGGACCGCUGCUCCUCCUCUCCCCUGAAAGAGGGCAGGAGAUGGCAGGGCCAGGAGGGGGUCACUUCACUCAGCCAGGACAGGGGGACAGCCAGGCUGGCACAGGGGACACUUGAGCCACCAGCCAGUGAGGCUGAGGGCAGGGGGGCAGGUGGCAGUCGCACACUCCGCCAAAAGAUUCAGGAUGCCAUGGGGCAGUGUUUCCCCAUAAAGACCAACACUCCAUUGUCCAGUUCCACUCAGCAGGUCUUCAUGCCACAAGCUGCAGCUGCUGCCUCCUCACGCCGCAAGAUCCACCUUAGUGAACUCAUGUUGGACGACUGUCCCUUCGCUGCAGGCACCGAGCUGGCUCAGAAGUGGUACCUCAUCAAGCAGCACACAGCCCCCAUCUCCACACCUCCUAUAGUGGACACCUUGGUGGUCAGCACUAGUGCCUCUGCCUCAAACAUGGCCGCCGUGGUGGAGGAUGUGGAUGACCGGUUACGAGAGCGCAGGCGCAUCAGCAUUGAGCAAGGCGUAGAGCCACCUCCCAACGCAGAGAUCCACACGUUUGAGGUGACGGCCCAGAUCAACCCGCUGUACAAGCUGGGGCCCAAACUGGCCCAUGGUAUGAAUGAGCUUGCAGGGGACGACAGGGCGACCAUUCACCAGCAACAGCAGCUGCUUCUCCAGAGGCAGCAGCAGCACCAGCUCCUGCUGCAGAGCUGUCUGGACACUCUGGAUGAGGCAGUGGCUGUGGCUGCCUCCUCUUCUGCCUCUGCAUCUGCCUUGGUCCCUGUCUGUGAGGCUGCUUCUGUCCCUGACCCCGUGGAUGACCCUCAGGUCACAGCCAGCGUCCAGCCAACCAGAGCUGCCGUCCCCCAGGCUGAGGGUCCCCCUACUCAGGACGGCUAUCGCAUCCACACCCAGAUCGACUACAUCCACUGUCUGGUGCCUGACCUGUUGCAGAUCACUAACCUACCCUGCUACUGGGGUGUGAUGGACCGCUAUGAGGCCGAGACUCUGCUGGAGAACAAACCAGAGGGCACCUUCCUCCUCCGCGACUCAGCCCAGGAAGACUACCUCUUCUCCGUCAGCUUCCGCCGCUAUGGCCGCUCGCUGCACGCCCGCAUCGAGCAGUGGAACCACAACUUCAGCUUCGACGUGCACGACCCAAGUGUGUUCCACGCGCCCACCGUCACGGGGCUGCUGGAGCACUACAAGGACCCCAACUCCUGCAUGUUCUUCGAGCCUCUGCUGUCCAACCCCAUCCACCGCACCCUGCCCUUCAGCCUGCAGCACGUGUGCAGGGCGGUGAUCAGCAGCCGCACCACCUACGACGGCAUCAACGUGCUGCCCAUCCCCAACACCCUGAAGAAACACCUGAAGGAGUACCAUUACAAGCAGAGGGUGAGGGUACGGAGGAUGGACACCUGGUGGGAAUAACAAAGACCUUCUGGUGGAAGUGAACCACAACUAGGCUACUAACUAAACACUCAAUGGAGGCGGGCCUCGCUCAGUGGACAACCAGUUGACUCACUCCAUUUUUUAAAAAUGAACAUAUACUUACCUACUGCAUUCACUGUAUACCUAGCUACCUGUUUUAUUUAUUAUUUUCCGUAUAUGACGUCUUACACUUGUCUCAAACUCUGGAUAUAAUGUUAAUUCAAUUACGAUGCACAUACACAUUUUUCUUUACUCACAAACUUCAGAAGUAUGGUAAUGAUGCACCAUGUGUGAGGGGAUGUAUCAAUUAUUUGGGUUGAUGUGAACAGAAUCCAGGCUGGUUUGGUGGAUGAGUUAUGGAGCACAUACAGGUUUAAUAAUGGGUCAGUUAAUUACCAUUGCCAAAUGUAGGCUACUGGAAACUAACAGAUGUGACUGUAUAUGAAUGACAACCUGCUGGAAAACUGCUGAGGACCUGACUGGUGGUAUAAACCAUUUGCAAAUACAUUUAAAAAAAUAUUUUGUGUCAUUCCUUUUGUAUGCAAAAGAAAGGUACUUAAAUGAAUUUGACUUGUCCUAAUAACCUUGAAUAAUCCAAUACUUUCCUAUAUAGCUAAUAGUUUUCAGACAAACUAAAACUAUGGGGUGUAAGGCAGGUAAAUGUCUUGAGUUUCUAUCCAUGUGAGAUGAUGUUACUACCUUUCAAAUUAGAGAACAUUGAAGCCAUUGCUGAAUGCUUAACACAAAAUUAAUCAAAUUGAAUAAGAGUUUAAACUAUUUCUCAGUGUCAGAGAAAACCGUGAUAAUAGAACAGUGUUGUGUUAGUGCUGAGAACUACAUGAAGCAGCACCUGCUGAGAAUAGCUCCAUCUCCUCUGUGAAGUUUGGAAGUGCUUUGGUCUAUUGAUCUUCUUAGCCUACCACUGAGCCUGUGUUGGAAUCAGAGGAAUGAUGAUGCACGCACAUAUAAGCUACCUUUACGUUUUCAUCAUUGAGUCAUUGUGCCUUGUGCUUGGAGGCUGUUGGUGUAGCCUGGUCCGAUAUAGACAUUCCAGCAUGAUGGUAAUUUUAGAAUGGCCUCCAUUUUGUAUAUCGAUGUUAUCUAAAUAUCAUGUUAGCGUACUGGCUAUAUCAAAACGGAGGAUUGUAGCAACAAUGAGCUUUUAAAAAAUAAAUCUGACUUUUUAGUACCAUGUCCUCACAUGACAUGAACAUUUACCAAGCUGUUGAAUUUAUGCCAUCUCUCUGUUGAUGAUAUUUGGGCCUGGAAGGCUGAUGAAAUUAUACAGAUAUUAGCACAUUUACACAUACCUCCGGCUGGGACUAAAAGCCGAUCUGGAAGAAUUCAGAUAAGCAGACCUUUAAAAGUGACAGACAGGAAAUUGUAUUUGCAUUCGGGAAAGUAUUCAGACCCCUUGCCCUUUUCCACAUUUUGUUAUGUUACAGCCUCAUUCUAAAAUGUAUUAAAAUAAGGAGUACCAUUUUUAAUCCUCAAUCUACACACAAUACCCCACAAAGGCAAAGCGAAAACAGGUUUUUAGACGUUUUUGAAAAUGUAUUAAAAAUAGAAAUACCUUGUUUACAUAAUUAUUCAGACCCUUUGCUAUGAUACUCAAAAUUGAGCUCAGUUGCAUCCUGUUUCCAUUGAUCAUCCUUGAGAUGUUUUUACAACUUGGAGUCCACCUGUGGUAAAUUCAAUUGAUUGGACAUGAUUUGGAAAGGCACACACCUGUCUAUAUAAGGUCCCACAGUUGACAGUGCAUUUCAGAGCAUAAACCAAGCCAUGAGGUCAAAGGAAUUGUCUGUAGAGCUCUGAGACCGGAUUGUGUCGAGGCACAGAUCUGGGGAAGGGUACCAAAAAGUGUCAGCAGCAUUGAAGGUCCCCAAGAAUACAGUGGCCUCCAUCAUUCUUAAAUGUAAGAAGUUUGGAACCACCAAGACUCUACCUAGAGCCAGCCGCCCGGCCAAACUGAGCAAUCGGGGGAGAAGGGCCUUGAGUGUGACUCCAAAUCCAGACCUCCAUGGGUUGAUAAAUUUGAUUUCCAUUGAUAAUUUUUGUGUGAUUUUGUUGUCAGCACAUUCAACUAUGUCAUGAAGAAAGUAUUCAUUAAGGAUAUUUCAUUCAUUCAGAUCUAGGAUGUUAUUUUAGUGUUCCCUUUAUUUUUUUGAACAGUAUAUAUAUAUAUAUAUAUAUAUAUAUAUUAUUAUUUAAAAAUAUAUAUUAAAAACGUUUUUUGCUUUGUGACUAUGGGUUAUUGUGUGUAGAUUAAUGAGGGAAAAAAAAACAAUUUAAUUUUAGAAUAAGGCCGUAACGUUACAAAAUAUGGAAAAAGUCAAGGGGUCGGAAUACUUUCCGAAUGCACUGUAUGUAAAUAAGAACAAUCCCUUUAGUAAAUUAAAGAAAUUAAUUCCUUCGGAAAUGUUCCCAAUCAAGACUUCGAGGGCAAACAACAUUUCAUGCAAGGACUUUCAUUUGACUGGUUAUCGGGGACCCAUUCAAGGAUUAAUUGCAUAAUUUACCGAUGCAGUGGAGUGAUUGACUGCUUUGUGUGAACAGCAUUUCAUAUUCAUGGCGACACACAAAGAGAGGCCUCUUUGCUAAUUUGUGUGUGCAGUGUGCAAUAAUCACAGUGGACAGCCGUCCUAAUAUUAAUGAGUGAGCAUGGAGAAUGGAUCAGUACUGUCUGCAGCCAUCUUAGCAAUCUUCAUUGUGGUAUGUCUUUCGAUGGUUGAAUCGAUUCACUGGAGAGUCUUUAUUUUAUUAUGCUAUUGUUUGUAUUUAACCUUUUAUCCACUAAGGAGGAUGUCACCAUUGUUACGAACUGGCUCGUAGCCCGUAACAAAGAGGAAGACAACGCGGAGAUAAAGAAAUAACAUUAAAUAAAGUAAACUAUAUACAAAUAA